AUUUAUGAGUGAAAUUGGACGAGCGUGUAUUUCAAUUGAUAUAUUUUUGAUCUUGUGACCACUGUUGGAUUGAGUGGUAUAUUAAUUUUCUCUUCAAACUAGUGUUCUGAGUCGAAAAAUGUCCUCAAAAGAUCGUAUUCCUAUUUUCCCUUCUCGCGGAGCUCAAAUGCAAAUGAAGGCUCGACUUGCAGGUGCUCAUAAAGGUCACGGGUUGCUUAAAAAAAAGGCAGAUGCUCUCCAAAUGCGUUUUCGCAUGAUCCUUAGCAAAAUUAUUGAGACCAAAACUUUAAUGGGUGAGGUAAUGAAGGAGGCCGCAUUUUCAUUGGCCGAGGCGAAGUUCCUUUCUGGUGAUUUCAAUCAGAGCGUUCUACAGAAUGUUACAAAAGCUCAGAUAAAAAUACGAACAAAAAGGGAUAACGUAGCAGGAGUUACACUUCCGGUAUUUGAAUCAUACCAAGACGGUAGUGAUCCAUAUGAACUAACUGGUCUUGCCAAAGGAGGACAGCAAAUGCAAAAAUUAAAAAAAAAUUAUCAGAGUGCUGUAAAGCUGCUAGUUGAGCUCGCCUCGUUGCAAACUUCUUUUGUAACUUUGGAUGAAGUAAUCAAGAUAACGAAUAGAAGAGUAAAUGCAAUUGAACAUGUCAUUAUUCCUCGUAUUGAUCGCACAUUGGCAUACAUCAUUUCCGAACUGGACGAACUGGAGAGAGAAGAAUUUUAUCGCUUGAAGAAAAUUCAGGAUAAAAAACGUAUUGCAAAAAAAAAAGAAGAAACUCGUAAAGCAGCACUACUUGAGAAAGGUGUAGAUGUACGAGCUCACGCAAACCUUUUGGAUGAAGGCGAUGAUGACAUCUUGUUUUAAACAAAUUUAACAUGCAUUAAUCUGUUAUUAUAUAUUUAAAAACUUUUGUUUGUCGAAAUAACAGUAAACGGUUAUUAAAACCAACAAUAUACUGCUUCGUUUAAUAAAGAUAAUGAAUGAA